UUCUUUUCAAGUUUAUAUCUUUAUUCUUUAGUGUCAGGUAUUACCGUUGGCUUUAGGCUUUUAAUAUAUUUGCUUAAGUCCAAUCUUUGAACCUGGAACUUCUUUAUAUAUUAUCAUAUAAUAGACUAUUUUCUGCAUUUGUUUAGAAAUCUCUGUUUCAUAUGUAGCUGUAUAGCUUGCAUUUAAAUGAACUUUAGUCAAACUAUUGAAAUUGUUAGCGGAACUGAAAACUGUAACGAUGGUGUGAUUAUUUUUUACCAAUCUGCUUCUUUUAUAUUGCUUCUGUUGAAAUUUUUCAAACAUGUUGACCCAGAUGAGUUGUAAGUAUGGGUUUCAAGUAUCUGCUGGUUGUUAUGUGUGUUUUGGUUUGGUUCGGAUCGUUGAGUUUUGCAACUUCUAAUAAUGGGGGGUUGAUGAGGAUUGGUCUGAAAAGGAGGAUUUUAGACCUUCAGAGUCUUAAAGCAGCAAGAAUCAAAGAGACUGUUCAUCACAAGGAUUUAGGAGGUGUUAAUGAAAACUGUUGUGAUGAAGAUAUAGUAUAUCUUAAGAAUUAUCUUGAUGCACAAUAUUUUGGGGAGAUUAGUAUUGGUUCACCCCCACAAUACUUCAAUGUUGUGUUUGACACCGGCAGCUCGAAUCUUUGGGUCCCAUCUUCCAAAUGCAUCUUCUCUAUCGCUUGCUAUCUUCAUUCCAAGUAUAGGUCGAAGAUAUCUAGCACCUAUACCGAAAUUGGAAUACCUUGCAAAAUCCCUUAUGGCCAAGGAUCAAUUUUUGGAUUCUUCAGCCAAGAUAAUGUACAAGUUGGGGAUAUCAUCAUCAAAGAUCAAGAAUUUGCUGAGAUUACAAGGGAAGGAUCUUUGGCACUUGCAGCACUUCCAUUUGAUGGCAUACUUGGACUCGGAUUCCAGGAUACUUCAGUUGGAAAAGUCACACCAGUGUGGUAUAAUAUGUUAGAACGAGGGCUCAUAUCCCACAAAAUUUUCUCUCUUUGGCUAAAUCAAGAUCCAUCAGAAGAGAUGGGGGGUGAGAUUGUCUUUGGUGGUAUUGACUACAGGCAUUUUAGAGGAGAUCACACAUAUGUUCCACUUUCUAAAAAAGGUUAUUGGCAGAUUGAUUUGGGAGAUAUUCUACUUGCAAAUAAUUCAACAGGCUUAUGUGAGGGUGGCUGUGCUGCAGUUGUGGACUCAGGGACAUCUUUAAUUGCUGGUCCAACUAGUGUUGUGACUCAAAUUAACCAUGCCAUUGGAGCAGAAGGAUAUGUCAGUUUUGAGUGUAAAAGCAUUGUCCAUAACUAUGGGGAUUCAAUAUGGGAAUCCUUGAUUACUGGGUUAAAUCCUGACAUUAUAUGCAGUGACAUUGGACUCUGUUCAAACAUUGGAUUUAAUAUAAUGGACGAUGUUAUUGAAACAGUGGUGCAUAAUAAAAGUUGGAAUGGAUCACAAACAAGGGAGAGCCCCUUUUGUAGUUUUUGCAAUAUGAUUGUCCUCUGGAUCCAAGUUCAGCUUAAGCAAAGCAAUGUAAAGGAAAAAGUAUUCAAAUAUGUGGAUGAGCUGUGUGAGAAGCUCCCAAAUCCCCCAGGACAAUCAUUUAUAAACUGCAAAACGAUUGCUACUAUGCCACACAUUACAUUCACCAUUGGAAACAAGUCCUUUCCCCUCUCUCCAGAACAGUAUGUUCUUCGAGUUGAAGAAGGCUGUUCUACUGUCUGCUACGGCAGUUUUGUUGCUAUAGAUGUGCCUCCGCCACAGGGUCCCCUCUGGGUUCUUGGAAGUAUUUUCUUGGGGGCAUAUCAUACAGUGUUUGAUUAUGGCAAUCUCCGUAUAGGAUUUGCAGAAGCUGCAUAGUCAUAGUUUGGUUGCAUAGUCAUAGUUUGGUGUAAUUAAUGUGCCAAAUUCUGUGAAUAAAAAAAAAAUGAAGGUCUAUAUGAUUCACUACAGCAAAUAAUGAUAGCAGUCCUUGAGGAUUUGUCUCAGGGUCUCUUGUAAAUGACUAUUGGUAUAUUUUAUGAAUAAGAUUUGUGACAUUUGUUCACAAGGAUUAUAUUGGAGAAAA